AUGUCAACUAUUCGUGUUCGUUGUUUAUUACAACAGUGUACCAAAGCUACGUUACGUCUUCAAGAUGAAUCAGUAGUUACGAUUAAUCGUGGUAUGGUCGUUUUUGUUGCAUUUCUUAAAGAUGCUCAAUUGGAUGAUGUUGAUAAAAUAGCAAAAGAAAUUGCAACGGUACGAUUGUGUGAAAGUGAAAAUGGUUUGAAGACAAUUGUUGAUUUACCUGGUGAUCUUUUAAUUAUUCCACAAGCAACAAUAGGCGGUCGUCUUAAUGGUCAUCGAUUUCAAUAUCAUCAUAAUAUAAAUAAAGAUAUUGGAUUAGAAUUUUAUAAUAAAUUUAUUUUAAAUUUACGCGAAUUAUGUAGUCAAAAUAAAGAGAAUGUUGUUCAUGCAGGUUCAUAUGGAAUAAGACAAAUUUAUUCCUGUGAAACCAAUGGGCCAUCAAUGCAUAUAAUAGAAUUUUAA